AUGUAUUUGAGCUGGCUCUUAUGCGCAUGCCUGUUGUUUAGCACUGCUAGCAGCUGGCACUCUUGGCACGAAGAGAAGAUUGCUGCUGGCGGUGGCACUGCUAGCCUUGCAGCUGGCGGUGGCACUGCUAGCCUUGCAGCUGGCGGUGGCACUGCUAGCCUUGCAGCUGGCGGUGGCACUGCUAGCCUUGCAGCUGGCGGUGGCACUGCUAGCCUUGCAGCUGGCGGUGGCACUGGCAGUCUCCAGUCUCAGUCUUUAGUCGUCGAAGAGGGCGCAACAGUGCGGUUCCAGUGCGCAAUCGCCGGCCACCCGACGCCCUGGGUGACCUGGGACAAGGACGGCCUGAUCCUGACGCCGUCGCGCAGACUGACCAUCAAGGAGAAAGACGAUCUGCGCCUCGUCGAAAUCAGCGAGGUGACCGUGGAGGACGCCGGCCUCUACAGAGCCACCCUGGAGAACGACGUCGGCCGCAUCGAGGGUAGCGCCAGGCUGGACGUCAUCGUGCCCGAGGAGAAAGACGCCCUGUUGAGUGGCAAGCUGUCCCGACCGCCCGGCCUGCUGUAUACCGAGUCCAUCCCACGCACCACACCCAUCCAGAAGCAAACCACCCUCCAUGCGGAGGUGCGAGGCCGACAUUUCCCAAGUGCAUCAUCACGCGGGCUUGCAAGGAUAUCCGCAAAUUGAAGCAGCAGUAGCCUCCGCCAGCUGCACAUGCAGGUGCAACCUCCGACCCUGCGGCUGCUGCCCGUCGCUGAGAGCGAUUCUUUCGUUUGGAUGUCCAGCACAACAUACCCAUGCCCGCCAGCUGCACGAGAGGCUCUAUUUUGGCGACAGAUGUUUACUGCCUGGCCCUUCGAGUUGCUUCGGCUU